GUAAUUACAUUACCAACACAAUACUUUCAAACCGUCGUAUUUGCCAAGUUUAGCUCUUAAUUUUUAUUGGCCUGAAGGUCGAUCAUCUUCUCCAUUUUCCAGAUAAUCACCGAAAGACCUCUGAUCGUAUUCAGGGGUGUUCAUGGGCGUUAAAGAUUUUCAUAUCAAGAAAAAGCUGAAACGCUUCCUCAGGAGAAGUGGUGUGGGGGGGAAGAAGAAAGAAGCCACCAUGGCAAAGAAACCGUCGUGGAUGAUGCCUGCAGUCUCACAUGGAUAUCACACCAUUAAGAGCAACACAUCACCGGCUGCUUAUGGUGAUUCCGAUUCGGACUUUAUUGUGGCUCAGAGAGAGCAAAUUGAAGAGCUUGAGCUGUGGUUUUUUGGAGUUUUUGAUGCCCGGGUUGGCGACAGAGUUACCAAGUACAUGCAGUCACAUUUGUUUGAUAAGAAGCCUAAAGAGUCUCAUAUAAGGGGAAAGAGCAAGGAGACAAUGAGAAAAGCCUAUCUUGGUGCUAGAUCGAAGGUUAGAGAGGCCUCGGAGGAGACGAAUGGAGUCGGUUCAGUUUCUGCGCUGUUGAUCGACGGGGAAAAGCUUGUAUUAGCUAACAUGGGAGACUAUAGAGCAGUUGUGUGUAAAGAUGGUUUGGCUCGUCAGAUAGGCAGCAGGAACAAGCAAUCAACCAAAAAAAUUUGGUCACACAGGUUCCUUAGAGGUAAUGCAGCAAACACCAAGAGUUCCAAAGGCUCAGACCUUGUUGUUGGGGUUGAAGGGGUUGAUCCCGACACUGAAUUUGUCAUUUUAGCAAGCACUGGCAUAUGGGAGGUAAUGAAGAAUCAAGAGGCUGUGAAUCUCAUCCGGCACAUCGAAAAUCCACACAAGGCUUCCGAGUGUUUGGCGGAAGAAGCUUCGAAUAGGAUGAGCAGAGGCUGCCUUUCUUGCUUGGUCAUCAGAUUUGAUUAACACGCGACACCAUUUGCUUGCGCACUUGUUUGUCCAUCUUGUAUUAGACACUUUUUGGGUUUGAUCUGAAUAUCAUUCAAACAACUCCAAACCUGAUAGGGCCUGAGAAAACCCCAAAUGAAGGGCUCAAAAACAUCAGAAACUCAUGAGAGACCUCUGAGAGAUUCUACUGUGUAGCCAUGUUAACGUCUUCGUGACGAAAGAUAGAUAGAGGAUAGUUUACAACGUUUGCACCUGAGAUUUUGCCGACCUCAGUGGUUCGCAACUGUGAGUAUCAACCAACUUUUGGUAGAAGAUGCCCGGAGUUUGAAUUCAA